UAAGCGACCGUGACCUGUCAACAAUAACAAAACACUGGGCAGAGUGGCCUUGUGCACCCUUACAUUAUCUCUUGCAGGAAGAGCAGGAGGAGAAAACCUUCAUGCAACCGGUGCACGCACUAUAAAGAAGAGCCAGUGCAGUCAUCUGGAGGAUGAAUCCUUUAUUAUGCAACUUGCUGGUACACCAUAGAGAGGUGUGACCUUGGUGAGAGCAUGAUAAGCACCCCUGGAGCAUGCGUAUGACAGCACAUAAUCAUCUGAUAAGAAUAAUAUUAUCUCCCAUGUGCAUCAGCUGAGUGUCGUUUGCAGUGAUUGGGGUGCAAAAUAUCCUCUUGAAUCAUCACUGUGUUGAGUUAAUACUGACAGAAGCUAGAUAUAGCAAUCAAACAUGGGACUGCAGGACAUUGUGUUGGUUCUAGAGACGUAUAGAGGCCGGGAGAAAAGUAUGCGUACACUACAGUAUGGCUUGCUGUUUAUUACCCCAUUAGCAAAUGAGAACGUCAGGGCUGCUCUUCAGACUCUCAGUUCCCAGUUAGGUACAACUAGAGUCAUCCUCAGAUUGUUUGAUGACCUUCCUAUGCUGCAGUAUUCCCUGUCUUGUGUCAAGGAGAAUAAGGAUAAAGAUGCUUUGGUGAGAUGCUUGGAGGUGGUCGGCACUGUAGCUGACCAGUUGUACUUUCCUGUCGAACAUCUGGCUUGGGCGCGUGACAUGAAGAUGCUCAAAGGAAGUUCGGCAUCACUUUGGCAUGCAUCUCUACUCCUGUGGGGAUUUUCCCUCAUUUUAACAAUAUCAAGGUCGCUGAGACUCAUUUUUUUAAUGAAGAAUCGGGCAAAGCGAGCUACUGUGGAAGAAAAACAUAAAAUAGAUGUAAUGUAUAGAGCAGAGCUGUUGACAGUUAUCAUGCAAGCAGCAGACCUUCUCAAUGCCCUCAACUGGAUGCCACGCAGACCAUGGACUAAACCUUUCCCUGUGUGGCAGGUAAGGUCACGGUACACCUGGAGGCCUUGGCAUCUGCCCUUUCCUCUGUGGCAGGUUGGAUUCCUUGGCCUGGUAUCUUCACUAAUUGGAUUCAGCAAGUUUCUCUCUGUUCAAAGUCUGUAAUCAAGGGAGUAAGGCUUGGUUUUAGUUUCUGAACAGAAGAAAGUAGGGUAAGGGGAGGGAGGGAAUUAGUUUUCUAGUAUACACAACAAUGAAAGUGUCCACUUUUAUAGUUUUACACAAGCGCUUAUUAUUAGUCAGUUCAUUAUCAUAUCUGAAUUGUGACUAAUAAUUUUACUGCAGUAAAAUAAAAAUAAAAACAAUUUAAA